ACAAACAGGUAGGCGUCCUUUUACAGCGUCCCUCGGCUCAGUCGGUGCUUUCCGGGGAAACAAGUGGACCAAGCAGAGCAUGAGCUCUCUUAUGAAUGAGCCCUGAGGCAGAACUUUGCGUAAGUGGCUUCCUAAUGAUCUGAAACAUUUUGUUAAGAGACAACGGGUUGAGCUUCUUGUGGCUUUCGGGCUCUUUUGGCUGAAAGACUGUUUGAAAGGUUUCCUGAUUAAUCGAUUGGAAAAAUAAAAAAAUGUCAUAUCAGUAGCGGACACAUCUCAAUGUGGAUACAACGUUGAAGCUGCCAUAUUGACUUCAGCAUUAAACUUUGUUCCUCUGGGAUUAAGAGAGGACACGCCGAGAUACAGCUGAUCCCAGGAGGUCAGACGCUCUCUGACCCUGACCCCCCCUGCAGGAGGACAUGAAGGUCCUGCGGCGGUCCUCUGUGUUUGCGGCGGAGGUCCUGGACGUGUUUGACCGAUCGUUGACUGAGAAGGAGCUGGUGUCCCAGUCUAAAGCCUUGUGCAGAGACUACAUACUGUCCAGACUCAACCAGAACGGGCUGGGAUGGUCCAAAACUGAACUCCACCUCUCUCCCUCAAAUGCAGCGCUGGCUGACGUGUCUUUGGUGCUUCUCUGUCUUGGCGACGAGCUGGAGUGUAUACAGCCCGGUUUGUACAGGAACGUGGCGCGGCAGCUCAACAUCUCUGUUGCCAUGGAGAACAUGGUUUCGGAUGCCUUCAUCGGCGUGGCAACAGAGAUCUUCUCAACAGGUAUAACGUGGGGUAAGGUGGUAUCCAUGUAUGCAGUAGCCGGAGCCCUGGCAGUGGAUUGUGUCAGACAGGGUCAUCCAAGCACCGUGCACAUCUUAGUGGACGGUCUGGGACAGUUUGUCCGCAAGUUUCUGGUUCCCUGGCUGAAGAGACGGGGAGGAUGGGCGGAGAUGUCGAAAUGUGUGUUGAAGAAGGAAGUGACGCCUCAGCACCACUGGCUGUCGUCUGUCAUAGAGUCACUGAAGUACUUCCUCACUACAGUCUACGUCUACAUCAUGAAGGAGCCAUGAAUGAGCGCAGACCGAGUGCACUGGAGUCCUCAUCAUUGAUGUGAGAUUAUAUAUCGCACACUUGUUGAUAAUAAUAAUAAUAAUAAUGGAUGGAGUCGAGAUAGAUGGUCGCUGUGCCUGCCAGCGCUGAAUGGCCAUCAACAAAUGUUUCAUGAGCAUCGUGUUUGUGUCAUUUCGGUUUCGGAUACAGGAUUACCUCCAUCUAAAGAGUAGUCACUGUGAUAUUUAUGAGCAUGAAUGGCAACGAAAAAUGUUUGUGUCCCUCCACCGGUGCAGAAAACCUGGCUUUGUAGCUGUAAUGUGUGUGUGUGAUGGUUUUCAGGUUGCACUCCUGAGAAAAACUGUUUGAUGUUCGUCUCAGUAAAUAUACCUGAAGGAAUAAUGAAAGUGAAAGCCACGUUUGUGAUGAAAAUUGAUGCUCAGCUGGCUGGGUCUCUGAGUUUUCUAAAUCUGAAAAGGACUGCUAUCGCAUGGUGAUUUACCCGAUUGUACUUCACUAUGACAGCACGAGCAGCGUCUCUUCCAGAAGAUGAUUAAAUUUUCUGCUGCAAUUUUAGAUGCCAUUGACCAAGAAAUGUUGGGUCUCAUUUUUGGCCAAAGAACAACGGUUCUAACUGCAUCCACAUUAGUUUGGUGAAAUCGA